AUGCGCGGGCGGAGGGGCGGUCGGGCCCGGGGAAGGUCCGGGGUCUGGUCGUUGCUUCCCGCGACCUCGGAGCCGUCCGAUGGGGGACGAGCGCCCUGGGGGCCAUGGGGCUCUGCGGGUGUGGGCCCAUCUCCGGAGCCCCAUGUCCGCGGGCCAUGUCCCAGCCGCGAGCCCCUAUUGAAAUCCCCGGGCCCCGGCCGCGACCUCAGUCCCAGCCCCGGGCCGUAUUAUGCCUGAAGGGCCCUUAGGUUUUCUUAUCUGAAAAACGGGGCCAGUGAGCCCCUAUCUCACUGGGUUAUGGUGAAGAUUUUGAUGCUUGUAGAACGGUUUGGCAUGAGAAAUAGUCGAAUGUACCAACAUUUAACUCCGCAUCUGACGCUGGACUAAGUACUUCAACUCACUGAGUUUUGACAGCAACCUUAUCAGGUCGACUCUUUUGUAAGCCCUCUGUAUAGAUGAGAGAACUGAGGCUCAGAGAGGAAUGCUUUAACAAAAGUCAAAAUGCUAGCAAGCAGAGUCCAGAUCCAAGCCCAAGCACUGUGCCCUAAGCCAGUGGGGUUAUGAUUACUACUGACACCAAGGACUAGAAAUUUCUAUACAUUCAUCCUGUAGCCCCACCUGUGCCAGUCACUGGGGUGGUAAAAACCCCUGUAAGAGCCCCAGCUCCUAAAAAUGGGGUACCCUGCAAACACUUCCCAGUGUCUCACUUCGUCGAACCUCAGAAAGUCCUGUCACCAUCAUAGACUCUUUACAGAUGAGGAAGUAUAAGUUCAGAGACCCUCAGACACUGGCUGAAGUCACCCAGUUAGGAAGGAGUGGAGCUGGGAUGCAGGCCCAGGGAACUGUACCCCAAAGCCUGAGUGGGCACUUUUCUGUUUGGUUGACAAAAGCAUUUUUAGGUUGGAAAUGACCUUGGGAAAAUCUGGUCCAGGGACGCACUUCACAGAUGGAGGAUCUGUGGUGAAGAGAUGUUCAGGGUCAUGGUGGAACAGUUUACAUCUGGAACUUUGCACCCCAACUUCGCCUCUGAGCCUGGGCAAGUUACUUAAGCCCCCAUGUCCUCGUUCGUCAACUGCAGAUAAUAGUGACCUAAUACAGAUGAAACAAGGCAGUGAUGUCAGACUGGAUAGAGCGCCUGGCAUGCAGUAACUGGUAGAGGGUGCACAGCUAAGUGGCAGAAACAAUUAGAUACUUCCUGACUCUAGCACAGGGAGCCAAAUAACUAUACCCACAGGCCAAAACCAGGCCACGGCCUGAUUUUGUACAGCCUGACAGCUAAGCAUGGUUUUGACUUCAUAAGUAGUUGGGAAAAAUCAAAAGGAAGUAUAAUAUUUUGUGACAGGUGACAACCGUGUGAAAUUCAAAAUUCGGUGUUCAUAAAUAGAGUUUUGAUGAAAUGCAGCCAACACCCAUUUACAUAUUGUCUACAGCCGCUUUCCAGCUAUGACGGCAGAGUUGAGUCAUUGGGACAGAGGCAGUUGGGUCCGCAGAGCCAGAAAUAUUUACUGUCUGGUCCUUGAUAGAGAAAAUUUGCCAAUCUGCAUUCUAGAAUACGCUUCAGUCCCUCAUAGCAUCUCUCUUUGGUGUCAAGUAGAACUUUGUUUUAUUUUACCUAAAAGUCUCUCCUGCAAAUAUACAGGAGGAGGGUGGUCACCCACCCCCAGCGCAAGGAACCUUCCAUCUGUCAUGUGUCACCUGCACUAAUACUUAGGAAACUUCAACCACAAACACCGCUCUCUGGAGGACCGUCUAAGCCGCUGCUGCCACACACAGCCCACGGCAUCUUCGGCAGGAAGACUUGGCCCCUCCACCAGGCUCCCUGGGAGGGCAGCGCUGGGCAGGGGGCUGACCCUGCACAAUCCGUGUCUCGUUGUCUUUUCAGAUCAGCCGUGCUGAGGGUGAGGACCGGUAGGCAGUUGCCAAGAUGGGUGAAAGGAAAGGUGUAAACAAGUACUACCCUCCGGAUUUCAAUCCUGAAAAGCAUGGCUCCCUCAACCGAUACCACAACAGCCACCCGCUGCGGGAGCGGGCUCGGAAGCUGUCACAAGGCAUCCUCAUCAUCAGGUUUGAGAUGCCCUUUAACAUCUGGUGUGACGGCUGCAAGAACCACAUCGGCAUGGGGGUUCGCUACAAUGCCGAAAAGAAGAAGGUUGGCAAUUACUACACAACCCCGAUCUACAGGUUCCGGAUGAAAUGCCACCUCUGCGUCAACUACAUCGAGAUGCAGACAGACCCCGCCAACUGCGACUACGUGAUUGUGAGCGGCGCCCAGCGCAAGGAGGAGCGCUGGGACAUGGCGGACAACGAGCAGGUGCUGACGACAGAACACGAGAAGAAGCAGAAGCUGGAGACAGAUGCCAUGUUCCGCCUGGAGCACGGCGAGGCAGACCGGAGCACACUCAAGAAAGCCCUCCCCACCCUGAGCCACAUCCAGGAGGCCCAGAGCGCCUGGAAGGAUGACUUCGCACUCAACAGCAUGCUGCGGAAGAGAUUCCGGGAAAAGAAAAAAGCCAUGCAGGAGGAAGAAGAGAGGGACCAGGCGCUGCAGGCUAAGGCGAGCCUGGCCAUUCCACUGGUGCCCGAGACAGAGGACGACCGCAGGCUGGCUGCCCUGCUCAAGUUCCACACCCUGGACUCCUACGAGGACAAGCAGAAACUCAAGCGGACAGAGAUCAUCAGCCGCUCCUGGUUCCCCUCCACCCCAGGACCCGCCAUCAGCAGCAGCAAAGCUGGCAGUGUCCUGAAGAAGCUGGCCCAGAACCGCAGAUCAGCACCAGCCUGCUCCCCCAUCACUGUAGAGGACCUGGGCAUCGUGCGGCGGCGGUCCCGGGAGGUCUCAGAGAGCCCCCAGCACACAACGGAGACCCCCAAGUCUGGGGAGCCAUGGGUGCCAGAGGGGAACACCCAGGAUGGGCCCACACCCCCCCGAGACUGCUCUCCAGAGACGGCCGAGACCCCCAAGAGCAGGGGGCCUCGGGAGCAGGAGGGGAAAUGUCAGGACAGGCCCCAGUCCCCACCAGGCUCCUCUCAGGAGGACAUGCCACACCUGUGCACCCUCAGCUCCUCUCUUGUGGCUGAUUACUCCGAUUCAGAGAGCGAGUGAGCGACCCGCUCCAGAGGCUACGACUCGCCCAGGAGGCCCGUGGGACUGCAGCCCUGCGUGUCCACCAGCCCCCGGAGUGCUCCGAUACUGCCCCUCCCCAGACCUUGCCUUCCUACAGCGGUGGAGUUAUUUAUUUGGUGCUGGAGAGGGUGCUUGUGCCUUGUGGGACAUCAUCCCAACAUUAAAGACCUGCUUCUUUGUC